CAACACCUAAGACAGCUAAUUUCAUUGAGAAAUCCAUGGCCUCUUCUUCUUCUAUCAUCCUCAUCCUCUGUGGCUUUACUCUGUUCUCUCUGCUCCUCUUGGCAAAUUCAUCUCCAGAUAAGAACCCCGCCACCAUUACUCUCCCUUUAACACCACUGUUCACCAAGAACCCAUCUUCAGAUCCAUGGCAGCUUCUCUCACACCUCACCUCUGCAUCUUUGACAAGAGCCCACCACCUGAAACACCGCAAAAACACCUCCUCAGUCAAUACCCCUCUCUUUGCUCACAGCUAUGGGGGUUACUCUGUGUCUCUCAGCUUUGGCACUCCCUCACAAACACUAUCUUUCGUCAUGGACACCGGUAGUAGUCUGGUGUGGUUCCCAUGUACUAGCCGCUAUGUCUGCACAAGAUGUUCUUUCCCUAACAUAGACCCCGCGAAGAUCCCAACCUUCAUUCCUAAACUUUCCUCUUCUGCAAAGAUUGUGGGGUGCUUAAACCCCAAAUGUGGGUUUGUUAUGGACUCAGAGGUUCGAACUCGCUGCCCGGGCUGCGACCAGAAUUCCGCUAAUUGUACCAAGGCUUGCCCCACUUAUGCUAUUCAGUAUGGCUUAGGAACAACAGUGGGGCUUUUACUAUUAGAAUCCCUUGUUUUUGCCGAGAGAACUGAGCCUGAUUUUGUUGUUGGAUGUUCGAUUCUCUCUUCUCGUCAACCUUCAGGAAUCGCCGGAUUCGGUCGCGGCCCAUCUUCGUUGCCGAAGCAAAUGGGCCUCAAGAAGUUCUCUUACUGUCUUCUCUCUCACCGGUUCGACGACUCCCCAAAAAGUAGUAAAAUGACUUUGUACGUUGGCCCAGAUUCGAAGGACGACAAGACCGGCGGCCUUAGCUACACUCCCUUCCGCAAGAACCCGGUUUCCUCAAAUUCUGCAUUCAAAGAGUACUACUACGUAACUCUAAGACAUAUCAUUGUCGGAGACAAGCGCGUGAAUAUUCCGUACAGCUUUAUGGUGGCGGGAUCUGACGGCAACGGCGGGACCAUAGUGGACUCCGGCUCGACUUUUACGUUCAUGGAAAAGCCAGUUUUUGAGGCGGUGGCAACCGAGUUUGACAGGCAAAUGGCCAACUACACACGUGCUGCUGACGUGGAAGCUCGUUCCGGUUUGAAACCUUGUUUCAAUUUAUCGGGAGUUGGCUCGGUUGCACUCCCAAGUUUGGUUUUCCAAUUCAAAGGUGGUGCAAAAAUGGAGUUACCGGUGGCCAAUUAUUUCUCGCUCGUUGGCGAUUUAAGCGUUUUGUGCUUGACAAUUGUGAGUAAUGAGGCUGUGGGUUCCACAUUAAGCAGCGGCCCAUCUAUCAUCCUCGGUAAUUAUCAGUCUCAGAAUUUUUACACCGAAUACGAUUUGGAAAAUCAGAGAUUUGGCUUUCGGAGACAACGUUGUAAGUAAGUACCCCACACUCCAACAUACCAAUGGCGGUGCGGCUGGACCCAAAAAUAUCUACUACUUGUUGCAUUACAAGUAUUGCUUAGGAAAUUUCUUAUGUCAUAAAUAAUGUUCCAUGGGAACCAUGUACUUUAAAAUAAUGAUCAACUUUUGCUCCAUUUUGGGCAUAAUGCAAAUAUGUGAUGAGUCUUGGAUGUA